GCCUGGGCCGGCCACCAUUUCCCGGGCGCCGCGGCGGCGCCGACUCGCGGGCAGCGGCCCCUCCGUGCGCCCAGCCUGGCCCCCGAACGCCGGGAGCAUGAGCGCGGGCUCGGAGCGCGGGGCGGCGGCGGCCCCCGGGGGGUUGCCCGCGCCCUGCGCCUCGAAGGUGGAACUACGGCUCAGCUGCCGGCACCUGCUGGACCGCGACCCGCUCACCAAGUCCGACCCCAGCGUGGCGUUGCUGCAGCAGGCGCAGGGCCAGUGGGUGCAGGUGGGCAGAACCGAGGUGGUCCGGAGCAGCCUGCAUCCCGUGUUCUCCAAAGUCUUCACCGUGGACUACUAUUUCGAGGAGGUGCAGAGGCUGCGCUUUGAGGUAUACGACACACAUGGGCCCAGCGGCUUCAGCUGUCAGGAGGACGACUUCCUGGGGGGCAUGGAGUGCACCCUGGGGCAGAUUGUGGCUCAGAAGAAAGUGACCCGCCCGCUGCUGCUCAAGUUUGGCAGGAACGCCGGCAAGUCCACCAUCACGGUGAUCGCUGAGGACAUCUCGGGGAACAACGGCUACGUAGAGCUCUCCUUCCGGGCCAGGAAGCUGGAUGACAAGGACCUCUUCAGCAAGUCCGACCCCUUCCUGGAGCUCUACCGGGUCAACGACGACCAGGGCUUGCAGCUGGUGUACAGGACGGAGGUGGUGAAGAACAACCUGAACCCCGUAUGGGAGCCCUUCAAAGUCUCGCUGAGCUCCCUCUGCAGCUGCGAGGAGACAAGGCCUCUGAAGUGCCUGGUCUGGGAUUACGACUCUCGAGGAAAACACGACUUCAUCGGAGAAUUUACUACCACCUUCGCGGAGAUGCAGAAGGUCUUCAGGGAGGGGCAGGCCCAGUGGGACUGUGUGAAUCCCAAAUACAAGCAGAAGAGACGCAGUUACAAGAACUCGGGGGCGGUCAUCCUGGCUGACCUGAAGUUCCACAGGGUUUACUCCUUCCUGGACUAUAUCAUGGGCGGCUGCCAGAUCCACUUCACCGUGGCCAUUGACUUCACCGCCUCCAAUGGAGACCCGCGGAACAGCUGCUCCCUGCAUUACAUCAACCCUUACCAGCCCAAUGAGUACCUGAAGGCACUGGUGUCCGUGGGCGAGAUCUGCCAGGACUAUGACAGCGACAAGAGGUUUUCCGCUUUGGGGUUUGGAGCCCGGAUCCCGCCCAAGUAUGAGGUGUCCCAUGACUUUGCCAUCAAUUUCAACCCUGAGGAUGAUGAGUGUGAAGGCAUCCAGGGCGUGGUGGAGGCCUACCAGAACUGUCUGCCCAGGGUCCAGCUCUACGGCCCCACCAACGUGGCGCCCAUCAUCUCCAAGGUGGCACGCGUGGCGGCGGCCGAGGAACGCACUGGGGAAGCCUCUCAAUACUACAUCCUGCUGAUCCUGACGGACGGUGUGGUGACCGACAUGGCCGACACGCGGGAGGCCAUUGUGCGUGCCUCACGCCUGCCCAUGUCCAUCAUCAUCGUGGGCGUGGGCAAUGCUGACUUCACCGACAUGCAGGUCCUGGACGGCGACGACGGCGUCCUGCGCUCCCCACGGGGUGAGCCCGCGCUCCGGGACAUCGUACAGUUUGUGCCCUUCCGGGAGCUCAAAAAUGCAUCCCCUACAGCGCUAGCCAAGUGUGUGCUGGCCGAGGUCCCGAAGCAGGUGGUGGAGUACUACAGCCACAGAGGCCUGCCCCCGAGAGGCCUGGGCGUCCCUGCCGGAGAGGCCAGCCCAGGCUGCACCCCGUGAAGACGUGGAGGGCGUGGGGAGGGGCAGUGAGCAGUGGGUCUGUAGAGCCUCAGUCUCCAGCACCCUUGGGGUCUCUUAAGCUCCCUCCGACCUCCUAGAAGCCUCCAGUCCCCACCAGGCCCCACUCCCAGUCCUCCUGGGAUCCUGCUGGCUUGGGCCCGGGUCUGGGGCCCCCGAGGCCGAAGGGUGAUAAAAUACAGGCCUCCAUGCCUGGCCCUGCCUGAGCCAGGUGGCUGGAGGGAGAGCGUGAAGGACUUGGAGGGGCCUGGGAGCUCAUCCAGGGAAGACCCUGCCCCGACAAGAAGGGGCACGGACUGGGGGCUCUGCUUUGCAUCUAAUCUUUGUGGGAGAGGGCCAGCAAGGCAUCACCCCAGCCCCCGAGAAAGCCCGGGGUGCCCAGACACCCUGUCCCCACAGUUAGCCUCCUUCUGUCCCUGCUUGUGCCCCCACCCCCACCCACCUUGUGUUUUUUGCCGUCCAGCCUCUGCACCCAGGUCCAUGGGGUCUGCAGGGUCUGCCUGGCCUGUGGGUUCUGCCAGGGGGGCGUCAGGAGUAAUAAAGUGUCACCCUACCCUUGUA